AUUUUCCACAGACAAAACAAGCCAACUUAUGUCUGUGGACCGCGCUUCACAGACAAAAAAAAACUCUCACAGACACAUGCGUGUACUGAUGGGUAUAAAAAUGUGUACACCAAGAAUGGUUGUAAAUAAUAUGUUACUACUCCAACUAAUUUUCUCCGCUUUGUCAUAAAAUCAACUUUUGAUCGAUAAUUAUUCUAUUUCUAUUAAAAUAGUAUUAAUAUUCCUACACUAAAAAAUAAGUUUAAAUUGUAUUUUACUACAUAACAUUUUUAAAGAUUAUAGAACACAAUCUCUUGUUUUAUUCAAAUAUUUCUAUUAGUUGUCUUACUAUUUAUAACUUUACUCCAAUAAUAUAGCCUAUAAUAACUGUACGAGCAAUUUCUAUUGUCGAUAUAUUAUAGUGCAAUUAAUAAAUAAUAUUAAAAAUAAAAAGAGUAUAGAAUAAUACCCAAGCGCUUUACGUGACACAUAGGCGAGCUAGGCGCUAGACAGUGUGUCGCCAUACACUCAUUGCUUGCUUAUGGUGUAUGGAGUUGCUAGCUGGUUUAGCGAUGUCAAUAAUUUGUAGAGCUUCCAUUGUGUAGAUUGUUUGACAUUAUUUCAAUGUGCAAAAAAUAAAAACCCAAACGGCGGCCAAACUAAUGCCUACAUGCCUAGUUAAAAAAAGUUUUGGUACAAAAUGACUUAAUUGGUUGAUAUUAAAUAUAAAAUGUUUUAACUGGAAAAAAGAAGCAAACGAACAUGUUCAAACUUCACUGUGAAUUUGUGUUUUGAACAACAACUAGUAAUUUUAUACAAAACAUAAUUCACUGCAUCAUCAAAUUAAGGUUAAAAUAUUUUGUAAUAAUAAAUUAUUUUGAGUAGAAUGGAGUACAAAACUAAAAACUUUCAUGUGGCAGAAAUAUUUUAGGUUUGGAUUUUUACUAAAAAGUAAAAAUCGAAAGAUUUUGACUUCCUCAAUAUAUUUUAGAAUAAAUUUCCUAAUUUAUGUUGUUUUCAAUUGAAUAUAUUCUAGUCUUCUACGGCAUAUAAUUUAGUUUGGUCUAAUCUAUUUAAAUUCAGUCCGAUAUUUUAAAUGUCUAUUUAUGUAUGCUUUGUAACUAUCAAAAUAUGGUGUUGUCUGAUCUCGUUAGAUCAGGUCUAUUAAAACCAGUUCAAUUAAAAACGUUCCUAAUCUAAAGAUUAAUUUGCCAAAUUCGCAUUUGAUCGACACAUUAACUAUACCCCUUUGAUAUGUGAUUGAUGAGUACUACUCCGUAUUUAGUAGUGCAUAAACACCACGUUUUAGAAUGACUUUACAUUAUGUUUACUUAGCUUUUGUACAAUUAUGGUGUAAUCUUUAUCUUCUAAAAUUAAAGUAGAAUUAGAAGAUAUUAAGAUAUUUUGACAUGUAAGCAAAAACAUGAUGAAAAGAAAAGGAAGGAGCUUGGGAGCAUAAGAAAAGGAGCAUUAGAGACAAGAGGAAGCUUCAUGGAGGAUAAAGAAAUGUGAAAAAUCGGAUAUGAUUUGACCCGGAGAUCAUAAGAGAUCAAAUAAACGUGAAGGUUAACGUCCGAGUGUAGAAAGCCGUCGAAACUUGCUGACUAGACAAAAAUAGGCGCGGCUUCACCGAAAAAUCAGAGGGAAAUCGAAAAUUCAAGAGGGAAAUCGAAAACAACUCAAGAGGGAAAUCGAAAACUCAAGACCUAUAUAAUGAACACUCUUUGCCGAGCUGCCACAAAUAAAUCAUUCUCUCUGGUAUUUCUAUCACCGAAGAAGCUCUGACAUCUCUGCAAUUGGCCGAUUCAUUCUGUUUUUUGGGAAAACCAGGAACAAUUUGGAUAUGGAUCCUGGAUGUGAUCAGCUUCCCAACUCCCUACAUCCUACUUUUGUUAAUCUUCCCAAUCAAACUCCAAAUCAGUUUCCUAGUAGUGAUCAGCUUCCAAGCUCCCAGCGUCCUCCUUAUGUUAAUCAUCCCAACCACACUCCAAAUCAGUUUCCUGGUAGUGAUCAGCUUCCAAGCUCCCAACGUCCUCCUUAUGUUAAUCUUCCCAGCCAAACUCCAAAUCAGUUCACGACAUCAAUAAGUCCCCAGUUUCAUCCUUCAUAUCAAUUUAAUACCAUGAAUGGUUCUUGUCCUCCGUAUACUAACCUACAUUAUGGACCUCCUUUUCCAAUCCAAAAUGUUUUGAACACUCCAGUUUUUCCAAGUGGAGCCACAGAAACUCAUACCACACGAGGAGGAGGAGGAAGAAAGAAACCGAAAGAUGUCCAUAAUAAUUCCAAUGAAACAUCAGUUAUGUGGAGUUCCGAAGAAGAUAUUGCAUUAACACAGGCAUGGUUACGUAUCUCUACAGAUCCUGGUGUUGGUAACAACCAGAAGCAUACAGCUAUGUGGGAGCGAAUCUUACAAGUUUGGAAGGAUAACAUAGGAGAUCAUUGCAAAAAGCCCAGGAAUAGUAACAGCUUGCAGUGUCGGUGGCAAAAAAUACAAAAGUCCAUUAACAAGUUCCAUGGGAUUUAUGAGAAACUUGAAAGGCAUCCACAAAGUGGUUCGAACCCAGAAGACAUAAAAAAAAAUGCAUUGAACAUGUAUGAGAGGAUUAUGAGUGAUAAGAAGAAAAAGGAAUUCAAAUAUGUCCAUUGUUGGGAACUUUUAAUAAAGAAUGCAAAAUGGUGUACCAACCAGCUGACAAAGGCUGAUGCAUCAAAUAAGAAUUCUGUGGAUAACGGAAACCCAUCAGCGGCUAUUAACACCACACCUAACACAGGAAAUAAUACUACAGAACCUGUAGAAGUUAGAUGUGAUGAUAUUGUGCGCCCUGAAGGAAGGAAGAGUUGUAAGGAAAGAAAGCGAAAGCUGAAUGCGCAAAAUGGAGUUAUUGAAGCAUUGAACAAAAUGCAAUGCACCUUGGAGAAGCAAAUCCAAUUCAAUAUGGCAGAGCUGGAGUUGAAGAAGGAAAUCCAACAAAAAGAGUAUGCAUUUAGAGAGCAGAUAAUGAAAAAGGAGUUAGAACUAAAGGAGCAUAACCAAAAUUUGAAGGAAGAAUCCCAACAAAUGAAAAAGAAGGAGCAGGAAAUGAGAGAGAGAGCACAAAAGAAAUCUGAUCAAGAACGUUCUCAAGAACGUAUUAUGAACCUCGACUUGAGUAGACUGUCACCAACUGUCCGAGCAACAUAUGAAAUCUUACAAGCUCAAAUACUGAAAGAAUGGG